AUGAAUUCCAAUGAACGUAGGUCGAAGCCAGAGCCCACUUUGAGGUGUCAGCAGCGAAGCAGUCGGAGCUGCAGCCCCUCACCUGUGGACGGAGGUGAUCCGGACAAAUGUGACAUCUGGGGGAACACGCCUCUCCACCACGCUGCUUGCAACGGUCACAUCCACUGCGUUUCUUUUUUGAUCAACUUUGGUGCCAAUAUCUUUGCUCUGGACAAUGACCUCCGCACUCCCCUGGAGGUGGCCGCCAGCAGAGACCGCAAUGAAUGUGUCCGAAUCCUGGACAAAGCCGCCACUGAGCAGAACAUGCUGAAUCCAAAGAAGGUCUCCAAACUCAAAGCGCAGGCCCAGAGGAAUGUGGAGAAACAAAUCAAGGAAUGCGAGAAGCGCCAAGAGAAACACCAGCAUGAAAUGAACCGGAAUUAUAUGAAAGAAAAGGUUGGCACAGUAAAUUCUUCUCAAGGGACACACUCCAGAGCAAAGUUGCCUAGUCUCUUUGCUUCAAAUGCAACAAGUCCUUUCUCCAAAAAUCUGAAAGAUACCUUCAAACUUAAACCAAAAAAGACAGCUGACAGCACAAGAAGCCAGGAAACACAAAGCAAUGGCCAAGGGGAUGGUACGGGUAGGAGAACUGUGAUGCAUUUGUUUGAUGAGAAAGAGGAGGAUGAAUUAUUGAAUGACCUCGGAGAGAAAAACUUUUCUGACAAUGACAGUCAGCACUCCAUUUUUAAGCGUCCAGGUCUCGGCAAGAUUGUAUUUGGAAGGAAUUUGGCUGCGGAUGUGAAUCCUGGAACUAUGUCUUCUGAGACAGAAAGCAUAAGCUUUAAAAUGUCCAGCGAGCUCUUUCAGUAUGAAAAUGCUGAGAAUGGCAGGGAAGAUGAUGCUGAAAAUGCUGCUGAUAUCCCUUGGCAUGAAGAAGUUAUUUGGGAUGACGAGGAAGCAGAGAACACGCCCCUUGAGGUAUUUCUGGCAUCACAGAUGCUGGAUGAGUUUCUUCCAGUCUUCAUGAGGGAAAAAAUUGAUUUAGAUGCCCUGAUGCUAUGUUCUGAUGAAGAUCUACAGAGCAUUCAGAUGGAGCUCGGGCCAAGAAAGAAAGUCCUGAAUGCUGUGACUAAAAGAAAAGAAGCACUCAAGAACCCUGGAAAGACUGUAGAUACUCACUUAUAA